AAGAAGGAGAGAAAGAGGCGGUGGAGGAAGAGGUAGAGGUAGAGGAGGAAGAGGAGGAGGAGGAGGAGGGGGAGAAGUAGGAGCAGCGGCAGCAGCAACACCAACACAGAGGCUCACAUCCAGUCAGUUCCGUUGUGGCGGCUCUGGAAACAGGACCCUGCCUCGCUCCAUCCCGCGCUCACAACCACACGCCUCUCGAGUCGCGUCCACUUCGCUGGCCGCCAACCUCUUCCCGCGCGGACUGACCGGCACUCCUCCCCACCCUCACGCGGUAGCCUGGCCAGCGCUAACCCCCCGCCAGGCUAAGGCAUCGUAGUAGUUACCGAAGUACUGCUAUGUGUGUGGUUAACUUUACUACUACGACUGUUUAUUGAAAGACCGAGAGCGAGUGAGCGAGUAAGAGAGAGUGAGCGAGCGACCUUUGAAAAUGACAUUAGCAUCACCACCGCCAUCACCGCCACCACCACUACCGUCGCUACCUCCACCACCACUACCACCACUGCAACACCCAGUCACCACCACCACCACAACUCCCACCACAUGAGAUACACCACACUAACCACAAUAAUGAGAUAGAGAGAGAGAAUCAGUGGAAGUGACGGUGAUGUGGUAAGGUGGUACCGAACCCAGGUGCAGAAGCGUCUCCGUAAGGAAUUCGCCACGUAGCCAAGGACUGAAUAUACUUACCGACAAAAGAAAGGAAGCAAGUUGACGCGGCGCUCUUGGAGAAACAGAUUAAGCGGCGCGAGGCAUUAAAGGAAAAUAAAUUGGGUUUCCCCUCAAAACGCCCACGAAAGAAAACGGUACGAGGAGACAAAAAGUGGUUUCCCGAUUCCAAAAAAAAGCAGGGAAGGAAAAAAAGACCUACCACCGUAAGCACCACUCUCAUAAAAGCCUUGGAAGGGGGAGUGAGAGAGUGAAAGAGAGAAGAGAAAGAGAGAGGGAGAGGGAGAGACAGAAAGGAGAUAAGAGAGAAAACUUCAUUUGAGGUAGAAGUGGACAGCUCUCGGGCCGCCUCUCCUGCCUCCUCCUCCUUCGUCUGCCACUCCUUCAGAUCGGCCGGAAGGGGUAUGGCAGCCCGGCUAAGGUGGGGGGUAGGAGGCCGCUCUCCACCCCCCACCACUUCCUCCACCUCCUCCACCUGCUGCUCUUCCACUUCAGUCUGGUGAGGGGAAGCGUGAACGACGGGCCGCUGGAGUUCGAGGACAUCAUGCCGGACAACCCGAGGGACUACGACAAGAUGGCUCCUCCUAAGGGCGGCGACGACCCCACCACGGUGCUCGUCCACGUCACCGUCAUGAGCCUCGACUCCAUUGACGAGAGCUCCAUGACUUACGCCGCUGACAUCUUCUUCGCCCAGAGUUGGAAGGACUGGCGGCUGCGACUACCUGACAACAUGACCCAUGAAUAUCGCCUGCUACCUGUCGCUUGGCUCAAGGACAUCUGGAGACCUGACUCAUUCUUCAAGAACGCCAAGGCUGUGACCUUCCAGGAGAUGACCAUCCCAAACCAUUACCUGUGGCUCUACCAGGACAACACGAUACUCUACAUGGUCAAGCUCACGCUGGUGCUGUCCUGCGCCAUGAACUUCCAGCUGUAUCCUCACGACACCCAGGAGUGCCAUAUGAAGAUCGAGAGCCUCUCGCACACCACGGAUGAUUUGGUUUUCAUCUGGGAGCCCGAAGUCCCUCUGGUGGUGGACAAGAACAUCGAACUCCCGCAGCUGGACCUCGUUAAGAAGUUCACGGGAGACUGCACUCAGGUGUAUUCCACAGGUAACUUCACGUGCCUGGAGAUCGUGUUCACGUUCAAGCGACGCCUGGGGUACUAUCUGUUCCACACGUACAUUCCCACCUGCCUCAUCGUUAUCAUGUCCUGGAUUAGCUUCUGGAUCAGGCCCGAGGCUGUCCCGGCGCGCGUCACCCUGGGCGUCACCUCCCUCCUCACUCUGUCCACCCAGCACGCCAACUCACAGAAGUCCCUGCCGCCUGUGUCCUACAUCAAGGCAAUCGACGUGUUCAUGUCUUCGUGCACUGUCUUCGUAUUCUUCUCUCUCAUGGAGUACGCGCUGGUCAACGUGGUGCUGGGGGACGUGCCCGAGGAGCCUGACACCUUGAGGAGGGUGCGGUCCCGUGCCCUGCUCCACGUGACGCCCCAUCAGGACUCCAAGCUCGGGGAGUGCCUCAGCGCGGAGCAGUCACCUGUCCUGGGGGGAAGCAAGGAGGGGAGCUCUGGUCCUCCUCCGCCGCUCCACUCCAAACGACGCACGGUGUCCUCGCCUGCACUGCACCGGCGUGUUAAUGGGAGGAAACCCACCUGUCAGCCUGAGUUUGACAGUAUAAACGCCAUCGCCUCACCCUCCACGGCCGCCCCUGCCAACGGGAUGUCGCCCCUGGAGAUGCUAGGCCCCGGCUCCUGCCCCGCCCAUCUGCCCAGCCCCCAGCACAUGAUCAACGGGCCCAUGUACAGCGGCGUGCAGCAUCCAGCCAUGCAGCACCAGCAUUCAGCGGUUCAACAUACAGUUAACUUUGGUCUCCCUCCUCCACCUCCUCCGCCACCUCUCGGUCCUGCUAAGAAGCAGCAGAAUCAUCGGAGGCGGCGAGAGCGAGCCAUCCUCAUCGACCGCGUCUCCCGCAUCCUCUUCCCUACCUCCUUCACCGUCCUCAACGUCAUCUACUGGAGCGUCUUCGUCGUCGAGUGGUUCUAGUAAUGGCCACCAGAGGGCUUCGAAAUUAACUUCAGCGAGGAGUGACCGAGAUCGAGUUAUACCAGGGUACACAAAUACACACAGACACACAGACACACAGACGCUUGCAAACACGCUUAGAUACGCCGUUCGGGUUAAUAUGACGGAUGGGAUUGUGUUGUUUUUCUCCUCUGCUGCAAUAACUGGUCUAAUACACGCCCUCGCUCUCGUCCCUGCCACUGAUUGUUGCAGUUGACGUGUGUUGAGGUGAAGGGAUGUGCGGCUUAGCUUGUCCGUCAGGUUAACUUGAACGAAUCGUUUUUACAGGCAAGAGUUAAGAGACGUGUGGCUUCGCGUGCAGUGUUACCUCAGCGUGAGAGAACAGGUGAUGGAGAAAAGGUACGGAAUUUCAGAUUUUAUGUCUAAUCCUCGUGUCCCUUAAGUAUUUCUAUGUCUUAUCUCGACUACUAAGAUCUACUGGAGGUUAUUGCUUUCAAGGGUGUUUUCAAGAGACAGUUUAACAUUCUGCACUGUCAGUACAAAAAACACCCAUGACAACACAAAAUAGUUCCUUUAGCCUAGACUAUUCACAAAGUCUGUCAGAGGUUAUUGGAGUUUCAAGGAUAUUUUCACGACCAGAGAUACUAUAACAUUCUGCGGCGUCAGUAGAAAAAUACUCAUGGCAACACAAAAUAACCUAUCUGGCCUUUGAUUAUACUCCUUAAGAGAGACCGAGAGAACAAAAAUGGGCUUAGGACUCCUUGGUGAUGCUGAGGUCCGUAGUGUAACUCUGGAGGGCCUGCCAAGGAUCUUGAGUAGUAAUGAGCGACGCUUACAGUGCCAGUGUUGGUGCCAGUGCCUCUAUAGUGUUUCGUGUGGCCCUUCUUGGCACUGGUCGCCGCCUAGACAAUUCAAGGUUAGUGUAAGGAUGUUCAGUGACGUGUUGCCUGCGUGGUGUGUGGGGUUCAUCGUCUGUCACUUGUGUUUGAGUGAGAAAAGGAGUUGGAUCUCAUGUUCUUGUUCCUUAUACACUACUGGACUUCAAGGGUUUAUUGUUUAUUUACUAUUUAUCCAUCACCUUCGUACAUGAAUGAGAUAGUGUGUGUGUGUGUGUGUGUGUGUGUGUGUGUGUGUGUGUGUGCUGGAAAAGGAGUUGGAUCGCACUUUCUUGUUCCUCCUAAGCGACUGGAAUCCAUUAAUGCACUGAUUCCUCGGGGUAGGUUCGUAACGCUCUUAGUUUCUGUGAUAAACCUCAAUGUGAUGUAACGUAUAGCACUUGUUCCACUCCUGUGUAGGACUGAGACGUGAGUGACAAUCCACAUUAUAACGAAACCUCUCUGUACUCACCUUCACCCUGUCGCUCCCCACGCCGCCACGCCUCCAGCCACGCCUCCCACUCACGCCUCACGUACUCAUCCACCGAAGAGCAGAGGGGAAACUAUUGAAUGUUGACUGGAUGGGUUAGUGUUACAUUAGCCAGUCAUUCAGUCAGUCACACACAUGUAAUUCACAACUGUAGGAGUGACUGACUGAAUGGGUUUGUGUUAUCAAGUCAUUCUGUCGGCCAGUCAGUCAGUUACACAGAUGCAAUUCACAAGCAUAUGACUGACUGAAUGGGUUAAUGGGAUUGUUAUCAAGUCAGUCAAUCAGUCAGUCACAGAAGUGUAAUUCACAAGUAUUUGACUGACUGAAUGGGGUUUCUGUUAUUAAGUCGUUCAGUCAGUCACCUAUUCAGUCAGUCACACCAAUGUAAUCCACAAGCAUAUGACUGACUGAAUAAGUUUGUAUUGUCAUGUGUGUGAAUGAAUGAGUCAGUCAUUUAUUCAGUCAUUCAUUCAAUCACACAAAUGUAUUGUACAAACACAUGACUAACUGAAUGAGUUCGCAUUAUCAGGCAAUAAGUAAAGGUAAUACAUUAGAUUGUGUGAUUUCAUAACAACAACGAUAAUGACAACAGGUGUAACUACAAUACACAGUUACUAAUAAUACACGCACUCUCUCACAAUCUAAAUCAGUUGGUCUUAUAAGUAUUUUACAACAGUCAAUUUUCAUUACAAUCCUAUUUCACGUCACCAAUUCAAACAAUGUUGAUGUGCGUCUUAAAGGAGUAAAAUUUAUGCGCAUACUCGGAGACGUGGGUUGUGGUGUGUGCUGAAUGUGACGGAAACGCGACUUUUCCUCUUGUAUGACCUCGGGACCAUCAUAUUCCAACACCCGAUCACCUCGUGUACUCUUAACUAGCCUAUACCGUUGUCUGAUUCAGUGUCUAACAUUCCUAACCUUGUUUUCCUGAGACUGCAUUCUGAAACGUUCCGGCGCCUCAUCUCGACUACUGUAAACAGGCUCUGGUUUUAAGUGAUUGGAGUUUUCAAGGGUGUUUUUCAUGAUUUUAGUGAUAGUUUAACGAAAAUUCUGCACUGUCAGUUGAUAAACACUCUUGAGAACCUGACUAAUCAUUUAUGUGGCCUUGAAAAGAAAAAAAAAAAGGUUGUUGUGAGAGUUCGAGGCGUUUCACAAUACUGGAUCUCGUUUUCUCAGCCCACGCACCUUCUUGAGCCACCCAGCGUAGUGCAGCAGUGGGCUACAACUCUCCUACUUCUCUAAUGCAGUCAUUCAUUAACAAACAUAGCAACGUUAAUGAUGCUCAAUAUGUCGGUGAAUUUCGAGGAGACAGAGAUAAAGAGACACGCAUAUAUAUUUUAACCUUUUUAACGUGAUAGCUCCUUUACGUGGGCGAUAGUUAAGUGGGCGGUUGUAAACGGUAACAUUUUUUGCUCAGUGUCUCCGCAAUCUCAUCCCCGCAACACGAUAGGAACGCCAGCUGUGAUCGAUAGUUAUUCAUAAGGUGCGUGAACGAUGUGUGCUGACCGGCCCUGUGUGUGUGUGUGUGUGUGUGUGUGUGUCCAUCCAUCUUGAUCGCCUCUGGACCCCCUCAAUAGCGCUCAGCAUAAUAGUGGACUAGUGGAAUAGCUUGUUGCCGGUGUAGAGAGCCUCCUCCUCCUCCUCCUCCUCCUCCUCCUGUUUGUCUGCAUGGAUGGGACUCGAGCCUCUCCAUUAAUUGCCUCUCAUCUCCAGCCAAGCGUCUGCCUCCGUAUUUUGAUUAAUUCUAACAGAGUGAGUCCCCCUCUUCUCCUUCUGCCGCAGGAACCUCUGGUAAUUGGUACUGUUUUGUUUCCACGCUGACGUGUGUGUUUCUAGGGUGCUGGUUCCCAUUCCCUGGCGUUGUAGUGAGGUUGAAGUCUGUAUUCCCCAACUAACUCGUCAUUCCAUCUUGCAACUGGCUUUAGUGUAAAUUGUUUGGGAACUUUCAAGGGUAUUUUCGUGAUUUUAUCGGUAGUUUAGCAAGUUUUCAACCCCAUCAUGAACACGACUAAUCUCCAUGGUGUUUGGACAAUAGUCUUGAGAGAACAAAGUGGUUUCAAUUGUAUACGUGCCUGAGUAAUGUGGACGGUUCGUGGUGCUCCUGUAGAGAAAAGUUACGGUGAUUAUUACUGAUAUUUUUUUUAUAAUUGUUCAUAUACUUAAGAAAGAAACACACUGCGGAAGGAUAUGUACAGCCUCUCAGUAGUGGGAAAAUAAUAUAUAUUAAAAACGGAUGAAAAGUAACGUGUCCGUGAUGCUCUUGCUGCUGAAAAAUGCCACCUAGUUUACUUUUAUUUCCUUUAUUGCAACACCCGCAUACACAAGUUAGGAAGACGCUGUACGGAGACACGUGCAAGUCAGUGAUAGAAAAAAUAGUAAUAACAACAUAAUAAGACAUGAAAAAGACUAAAAAGUAAUGUGCUGGUGAUGUUCCUCCAGAAAAUUAAUAAAUAAGUAAAUGAUGAUAAAACAAAAUUAAAUAAGUAUUCCGUUUAAUUACAAUCAUGCACGCAGGCUAAAGGACGCCACAUCGUUACAUGCAAAAACUCAGUAAUGGACAAAACGCAUUAAAGGAGGAGAGAAGGCGGGAAAUCAGAGUUCCUGUGAUGAAUUCCAGUCAGACACUUGUUCUUAUUGCAAUCAUUCAUAUACUCAAGGUAAAAAGAUCAAACGGAGAGUCAGUCAGCAAA